CGCGCCCGGAAGGCGCGCGCCAGGCCCGCGCGGUGACGUUUGUGUGCCGGGGUGUGGCGUGGCCAUGGCGAGUGACUUUUACCUGCGGUACUACGUGGGGCACAAGGGGAAGUUCGGACACGAGUUCCUCGAGUUCGAGUUCCGGCCCGACGGGAAGCUGCGCUACGCCAACAACAGCAACUACAAGAACGAUGUGAUGAUCCGAAAGGAGGCUUACGUGCACAAGAGUGUGAUGGAGGAGCUGAAGAGAAUAAUCGACGACAGUGAAAUCACAAAAGAAGAUGAUGCUCUGUGGCCUCCUCCUGACAGAGUGGGCCGACAGGAGCUCGAGAUAGUAAUUGGUGAUGAGCACAUCUCCUUUACCACGUCAAAAAUCGGUUCCCUCAUUGAUGUAAAUCAGUCCAAAGAUCCAGAAGGCUUGAGAGUGUUUUACUACCUGGUCCAGGACCUUAAGUGUCUUGUCUUCAGUCUUAUUGGACUCCACUUCAAGAUUAAGCCAAUAUAAAUCAGACAAACUGAAGUUUGUAUUGCAGUGUCAGCAGUGGGGGUGGGAAGGGAGGAUCCUGUUCCAGUUCCUUACUGUUUCUGAAAUUUUUGUGUAUUUUAGAUUAUUUUUUUUAAUUGUUGUUUUUGUUGUUACGGACUGUUAAUGACUCAAUAAAAGGGUGAGAUUUGCGUUUUUUAA